AUGUCCACUAAAACUACCAGCACCAAUAACAUAGCACAAGCAAGGAGAACCGUCCAGCAACUCCGAGUGGAGGCGUCUAUAGAGAGAAUAAAGGUUUCCAAAGCGUCGGCUGAUCUCAUGCGUUACUGUGAUGAGCAUGCCAAGAACGACCCUUUGCUUAUGGGCAUUCCAGCGUCAGAGAACCCCUUCAAGGAUAAAAAGCCUUGCAUUAUAUUGUAG